AUGGCGCCCGCCCUGAUGAAAGCAAUCGCCGUGCUGCUCGUAGCGGCCGCCGGAGCUUGCGCGUUGGCCGUCAACAAAACCAUCGAGAGCGACGACGGCGACGUGAUUGACUGCGUGGACGUGUACCAGCAGCCGGCGUUCAAGCAUGCUCCGCCAGGGAGCCGACUACUUCUUCAGCCGGAGCCGGAGCGGAGCAUGAAAGCCAUGGCGGCGGCGGCGUCUCUCUCGACGCCGACUCCGCAGGAGCUGCACCCGACGUGGCGGAAACACGGGCGGAGCUGCCCGCCGGGGACCGUCGCGAUCCGCAGGGACUCGCCCCGCGCCAGCCCGGAGGUCGCUCGCCGGGCCUCGCCGUUCGGGCGCCCCGGCGGCGGCGGCGGCUCCACGUACACCCCCCAAGUCAUGGACAAUAUGAAGGGCAAAGUGGAGGUGGCCGCUGCGUACGCCUGCAACAUGGCGUACCUCGGGGCUCGGGUGACCGUGCCGUACUGGAAGGUUGACGUCCACCCCGACGAGUUGUCCAUGAACUAUCUUCUGAUUGGGUACACGCUGGACAAGAGUUUCACGCCGUUCCCAGGGUCUCCACCGCCCCAAACUCUUACUAAUCAGAUAGCCGUUGGCCUCGUGGCUAACGACGGUGGAGUGAACAAUAACUGCUUCAAUCUGGAUUGUGGAGGAUUCCAUCUUACCCCAAGCCCCUUGGCCCUUGGAAAUUCUUUUAGCAACGCUGACUCGCAGAUCGGAGGCGAGAGGUACGGCGUGCCAGUUGGCAUCCACAGAGACCCGACCGGGGAGAACUGGUGGGUGACGGUGCUGGACCACGCCAUCGGCUACUACCCGCCGACGGUGUUCGACACGCGGUUCCCCGAGGCGUUCUACGUGGAGAUGGGCGGGCGGGUGCUGGACACCAGGCCCGGCGGCAACCACACCACCACGCCCAUGGGGAACGGCAUGCCGUCCUGCGCCGGCUCCCGCUUCGCGGCCACCAUCAUGGACUACCACGCAGUCAACUACAACGGGGUGCUCGCCAACGACAAGGCCGACCGGGGCGUCACCACCACGCCCAGCUGCUACGGCGUCAAUCCCCUAGGGACCGACACGGAUAGGGGUGGCUACAUGGUCUCCUAUGGGGGUCCGGGGGGGAUCUAUUGCGACCAAGCCGAUUAG